AGGAUUGACUGAUUUGUUGAUUGAUUCUCUAAGCUAAGAUUUCAUUCAUUAGAAACCGCGUCUGGUGUUACGGGGAGUUAUAUUACAACCGGUCAAAGAGUGAUCUGUGAAUUUUCCGUGGCAAUUUGAAAAAAGUUGUCAUGCACUUUGGGGUUUAAUAAUUAACAUAACACAUUUUCCCGACCGGUUUGGAAUUAGCUAAUCGAGGCAGAGGAUUCGAGUCCACAAGGAUGGCCCACCAUCUGAUCUCUGUAAGCAUAUUUUGCUUAAUUUGUGCAACACAUUCUCCGUGCGCCUCCCAUGCUGCCAUAGGUCACGUCCAGCAACACCGGUACGAUGGCUUUAAGGACCCGAAUAUUCCUAAAAUUGAAAACAAUCCGGAACUAAGUGUUAGGGAAAAACAUGUGGCAAAAGCGCCCCAUGCCGGAUAUCCAGAUAAUGACCUCGAAUUAACGACACCGGAAAAUGAAGAUGUUGCCCUAAAUGUAUCGAAACGUAGUGUCGAAUCUAACUUGACCAGUACAGAUUUGUACGUAAAAAAGAUAUUUUCUCAAUUUGGAGACGGCGAGAAAAUGACUAUAGAAGGUUUUGGAGAAUUGUUAAAGAAGGUUGAUUUGCAUUUGCUCGCUGCAAAGUUAGGACUACACAAUGAGGAGGAGGAACAUGGGCAUGGAGAAGAAGAGAAUUCGUGUUUCAACAAUGACACAUUUCUGCAAGAAACAACCUCGACAACUGAAACACUCAACCACACGCAAUUUUCAAAAAUAUGCCCAUUUAUCGUCUACAGUUUGGUAGCUGAGAAAUGCCUCUCCAACGAUACUGAGCCGCUAGUCAUUUACUCGGACAACACCAGCAAGUGGCUCUACUCUACCCUGGCCGUGUUACUUAUCAGCGUGUGCGGCGUAUUGUCGCUAGUGAUCAUUCCCCUGAUGCAAAAGAGGUUUUAUAAACCUUUGAUACAGUUUUUGGUCGCUUUGGCUGUGGGUACGUUGGCCGGUGACGCGCUGCUCCACCUCCUCCCUCACGCCAUGAGUAACGGCGUCCACUCGCACACUCACGAAGAUCCAGAUCCUCACUUGACCAACACCUGGAAGGGUCUGGUGGCGAUGAUGGGUCUCACCUUCUUCUUCAUCAUGGAAAGACUGAUUUUGGUUGUAGGAAAGUGGCGGAAGAAGAGACAGAAACAUAAGACUGUACCUCAUGCUCACGUGAAAGUGUAUGACGUUAAAGGUGAAAGACGAAACUCUACCCAGUGCAUGGAUAAGUACAAUACCUCACCUUACUGUUAUAAGGACAUUAUGACUGACCCCAACACAACAUUCUUAGAACCCGAUAAUAGCGACGACUUGUUAGGUUCGAACAAACCGGAACCUCAACUACGCAAAUCCUUGGAAAAAAUGGAAACGAACCAGAAUCACCACGUUCCCGAGGGCGAUCUAACCUCAACCCCGUGCAUCGAGGCGAAAAUGCUCCCGCCCGACCACGAGGAUUUCACGAUCAUUAUCAGGGAGCACGAGAGCGACCAUCACGGACACUCCCAUAAACAUGGCCACGUACAUUCCGCGCCGCAAAAUUAUUCUUCGGUGGCUUGGAUGGUGAUCAUGGGCGACGGUCUGCAUAACUUCACCGAUGGAAUGGCGAUCGGAGCCGCAUUUGCUAGUGGAAUUGCCGGUGGUUUUUCUACUACCGUUGCUGUGUUUUGUCACGAAUUACCCCACGAACUUGGAGAUUUUGCCAUGCUACUGAAAGCCGGGAUGAGCAUUAAACAGGCCUUAUUUUAUAAUUUGUUGUCCAGCGCGUUGUGUAUUUUGGGCAAUUUGGUUGGCUUGUAUUUGGGAAACACCGAAACGGCAAACCAAUGGGUAUUCGCGGCGGCGGCGGGCACUUUCAUCUACAUCGCCUUGGUGGACAUGAUUCCUGAGUUAAGCUCCGCCCACGACGACGAGGACAACUUGACCCAGUGUUUCUUGCAUUUAAGCGGGCUGCUCAUCGGGGUGGGAGUGAUGACUCUCAUCGCCCUCUAUGAGCACGACUUGAAGCAUUUAUUCCAUGAACCGGAGUAGGGUUGAAUGCGUUCCAAUAUUAUUUAAUCGCUGGGCGGUUUAAGUAAAACACUCGAUAUUUUUUUGGUUGAUUAAAAGUGUAUUUGUGCAAUUCAAAAUAUGAGCACAGGUUGGUUUUCGGAUUAUAUUAAAAUGGUGGUUUGUUCAUUCGUAUUAAUUUAAAGUGACUAAAUGAGAAUAUUUCACCUUGGUAUAUUAAUAUUCUUAUAUUAAAGAAUAUCACUUUUUAAAACUCAUAACAUGAAACUAAACUUAUUAAGGUCAGUUCAGCAACUGAGAUACAGAAUUGAGAUUAUUGAUAUGCAGGCUGUACAUUUUUAAAAUGACCUUUAAAGCCAACAUAUUAAAUCAAAAUAUGCUUUAUUGCUCCGAACAUACAAAAAUGUUAUAAACAAAGCUUUGAUAAUCUAUAAAUGUUGAGAAAUUUGAAAUAUCAAAUAUCAAGAUCAUAAGGUUUAAUUUAAACAAACAUAAUUUGUAAAGAGUACCGGAGUACUUAAAAGUAGUUCAUCGAAUAUUUUCUCGUAAGUUAAUAUUACCCUAUUCUAAACAUUUGUGAUGGUUGGACGCAAAUUUGUUUUUAAUGCAUUUAAAAGCAAUUUAAAUUCAAUAAAAAAAAUUAUAUAUGAUUUAAAAGUAGUCAAUAGUCAACUCUUUUUACUUGGAAAAAAAUAUUUAUUUAUUUAUAUUGAUAAAGUUGCCUAAUAAAUCAUUUUUAAAUAACCCCAAAUUUUUUUUUGCAAAAUUAAAAAACGUUUUUGAUUUCUCCACUUGUUUGCGGUUGUUGAAUCUUCGAUUAAAUAUAAAUUAUUAACAAGAGACAUAUUUUCGUAAUAACAACACCAUCGUUAGUGUAGAGUUUUUAUAUUGUUUAUGUAAUUUGUGGAAUAAAGCCAGUAGCUGAAGUACUCUCCGUCUUCCUCUCCGACACCUUCCCUUUGUAUUUGUUUCAUAUACCGGGUGUCUUAGGAAAAUGGUUCACCCAAUAACUUUUUUACUUUUUAAGUUAAAAUACAUGAAAUUUGGUAAGUGGGUGUAGUAUCCAAAUUGGGAUUGGCUGACCUAUUCAAUGGUUUUCUGUCACUUUCGGUUUAACCGGAAAUGAUUCUAACUUUAUUAUUUUAAACGGGACUCCCCAAAUUUUUUAACAUAUUUUGAUAGGAAAUUACAAUCUAAGAAAAAUGACACCCCAUAUGUCAACUCUUGACACCUAACCUUUAAAUUAUUUAAUUUUUUAAAUUUCAAUCUAGAAUGCCAUGAAUAAUUUAAAAUCGUUAAUUUUACAUUAAGUAGUCGUAGAAGAAUAUAAUUGACUCUUUUUUUGUUUUUCACAGGUUUCCUAGAUGCGUCUAAAGUUUGCAAAAUCGUAUUUUCGGCUCUAACUAAAUUUUUUCAAAUGGAACUAGGGUGGCUCAUUAACAUAGUUAAAAAGUGUAUUUUGUACAAAUAAUUUGGUAUAAGACAAUCGAUAGUGGGUACUUUGGAAAAACCAGAAUUACUGAAAUUUUAUUAUUUAUCUCUUGAUAUUGGAUUGAACCCAGCGCCGCCGUCGCGUCACUGUAAAAUCGACUGUAGUGAUGCGUGACUUACGCAAUGAAAAAACAAGUAAAUUAUUUGACAGUUGACAUGUCAAAUAAUUUAUUAAGGCAAAAAAUGCUCAAAAUGGCCACCCAUCUCUUGUUGGCAAAAUUGUAUUCGUCUUAUAGUUGCUUGAACGACGUUGUCUUUGGGCACUUUAUUUUCCAGUUCAUUUCGCAUAUACGAUAGUGUAUCGUAUACUUCAUUUUUACUGGUUCCCCAGUUCAGGUGAUCUAAAACAAAAGUAAUAAAUGAAAUAUCUAAGUAAACUAAAAAAAAAUGUACCUGGGUGGCCAUCGAUUUGGUCCUAAAUUUCCAAUCCAGUAUUCUCCGUAGUUAAUGUUUAGGUUCUCUAGGUAGAUUCUCUAACUGCUCGGGGAUUAAGGGGAGGAGCUUGGUGAUGUUGGUGUCUUGUUGGAAAUACAUCUCAACUCUAUCUCUCUUUUCUUUGCUCGAUUUCUUGCAUUAAAAAACCUAAAUAUCUCUCUUGUUAGUUGUCCAUCAAAAAUUAUCGGUCCAAGGUUUUAUUUCCAAUUAUACCUAUCCAACAAUUAAAUCCAAAACAUACUUGGAAAUUUCAAUUUUCAGCCCGGUAUAGGCUUUCCUUAGACUAAUAUCUUUUAUUGUUUUAGUUAAACAGCCCCAAAUUUGUGAAGCGACUUUCAUCAGUGUGAAUUAUUUUAAACGAGAAUCUAUUAUUCUCUUGAUAUUGGCUCAAAAACCAAUUACAAUAUUGUAGUCUUCUUUCUUCGUCGUUUUCAUACAGAUGUUGAUGUAAUUGAUAUUUAUAACUUCGAUACUUAUAUUUAUGCAAAAUUCUAAAUGUAGUGUCUUUUGAUAUUUGACAUUCCACAGCAGUCUCUCUUAGAGAAACAUUAUUAUUUACCUCUACAAGUGCCAAAACUUCUAUUUCUUUUUUUUUAUUAAUAAAAAAUCUGACAUUUUCAAUUUCAGGCUCGCGGAAAUAUUGUCUCGUGGGAUGACGUCGAUCGGGAAAUCUUUCAGCAUACAUUCGAGCAGCAUUAGUCGAAUUCUGUCGGCACUCUCCAAAUAUUAACAACAUAUUAAUUUUCUCCAAUCUAGUAUAGCUUUGCAUGAUUAUUAGAACAAUAACGAAUAAAAAGAAACUUAAAAAACUACUAAACUAGAUAAGAACAAUAAACUACAAUAAUCGAACAAUAAAUAACAAUACAAUAAACGCGAUUAGGAUAAUAAUAAUUAUAAUUUAUAAUACAACAAUGAUAAUUUAUAAUUACAGUAAAAAAUGUCUGAAUAACUCGAAUUAUAUCAGAAACUGACAGGUUGCCGUGACAAUUCGUACAAUGAUAGGUCAAAUCCAAGGCCAACUUAUUGUAAUUUAAAUACCGACAAAAAACACUUCAAAAGCUCUUCAAUUUAUCAUUAAUAAUUAGACGGUAAGAAUGAGAGUACAAUUUAUCGUUAAUCUUGGAUUUUUAAUAGAUGUUACGCAAAUGCUACUAAAUGCUAAAAAGUCGCUACAAAAUCUAUUUAAAACGGAAACAAAUAUUUUCUUAAUUCACAGCAAUCUUUGGGUUUUUUAAUUGGGAAAAACUAGGUAGGUAUGCGGCACUAAACUGUUUUUUUGAAAAUUCAGAUUUAUUAGAAUAACCAAAUAUCGAUUGUCUGAUAUCAAAAUAUUUGUAAAAAAAUACACUUUUUAAUUAUGGUAAUGAGCCACCCUGGUUCCAUUUGAAAAAAAUCAACUAUGGCCGAAAACACGAUUUUGCAAACUUUAGACGCAUCUAGGAAGCUGUGAAAAACAAAAGACAGUCAAUUAUAUUUGUCUAGGACUACUUGAUGUAAAAUUAACGAUUUUAAAUUAUUCAUGACACUCUAGAUUGAAGUAUAAAAAAUAAUUUAAAGGUUAGGUGUCAAAAGUUGACAUAUGGGGUCGCAUUUGUCUUAGAAUGUCAUUCUCUAUCAAAAUUAAGGGUUCCUAUUUUUUAAAAUAAGAAAGUUAGGGUCAUUUCCGGUUAAACCGGAAGUGACCGAAAACAACUGAAUACGUCAGCCAAUCCCAAUUUGGGUGCUACACCCACGUACCAAAUUUCAUUUUUUUUUAUUUAAAAAUUAAAAAAGUUAUAGGGGCGAACCACUUUCCUAAGACACCCGGUAUAUAGGUUUGAUUACUUUUUUAUUGUAAUUAAAGUCAAUUUUUAAAAUCAAUGUUCAAAUAAAAACUAUAAAAAUUAAAUUAAAAAGUUUUACACAGAUCAUGUAUAUUUAUGAAACGUGUAACCGUACCAGAAAAGAAAUUGUUACGGCAAUAGGAGGUAAAACGCAUUCGCACCUAUAAAAUACGUCGUUUGAGAUUAAUUUGUCAUUAUCAGAAAAUAAAAUUUUAAAUAAAAAUACUCUAAUUUUUUCUAACAUGUUUAACCAGACCUCAAAAUGAUUUUUAAUUUUCUGGUAAAUUCGUUUUGUCGGUGUCCAAACGCAAAACAUGAAAUACUGAAUAUAUUUAUUCAGGUGAGGCGUUUCUUAAUUCUAGUAAAUAUUUAUCUUUUAUUGUCUUAAUUGCGGCACCAUGAAUUUCACUGUUCCCGGUACCAUUUAAACGUUUUGAACUUCCUGAGCUUGUUACAGAAACUUCGACGCAAAUGAUUCUUAUAUUUCUUACUUGAAGCUCUCGAUACGAUUUUGCGUCAAUCAUUUUUAUAUACGCUGCUGCCCCUGCAGCAUGCUGCAUAUAUUGAAAUGCAUAACUGAAAAUAUUAAUAUUUGCUAUCAAAUAUUAAUAUUUUAAGUUAUGCAUUUCAAUACUGGUUAUAAAGUCAUCGACUAUAAUUGCUCUAUCCAUACCAUUAGGUGGACGAUUCAAUUUUUGUAGCACAAGUUUGGUUUAAACACCUUACACAUUGAGCAGUAUUUAUUUUUGAUUAAAAGGUAAAUUUUUUUUUUGGUUGCAUAUCCCACAAUACAUCCUAAUCCAGAACUUGCAUUGUAAUCGUUCCGAUAUGAUCGUUUAGACCAUGUUUCAUCAGACACAAUCAUAGUUCUUGCAGUUUCAUCAGGAUCUACGUUACCUGAUUCCAAUGCAAUCCUUCUUUCUUCUUCACCUGCUUCUAUCAUGUCAUCGUAAGCGCAUUCAACAAUUCGUUCAUCUGAGAUAAUCCACAUCCUAUAUACUUUCAGAUUUCCUUUUCCAUUUUAAUCAUAUUUCCUGAAUGAAAGAUUCAAUAUCCAGAAUUCUCCAUCCUGGAAAGUUUUGUUUCGAAGCAUAACUAAAAAUGAAAAUUAGAUAUGUCUUAUAAGUAAUUUAUUUAUUUCAUUAAAAUAAUUUUUCUCUCUGCAUAAACGACAAUUAACGAAUUCCAUAAAAAGCGUACUGUAUUGCCUUAUUUUGGAAGUUUUUAAAUCACAAAGGUUGACACAAAAUGCUGAUGUCGGAGAAUAUUUAUUCUCUUGUUUUAAAGAUUUCUGGUCAAUAGUAAAAAAAAUCAAGUAAAUAGUAAAAAAGGACGAGUGAUACCUAACGUGACCGUAAGGAAUAUCACAUAGUAAAUCAAAAUGCUUUAAAAAAAUAUCUGCUUUACUUACAUCUGAUUAGAUACUGAAGAAAUAGUAGAGUAGUUCUCUUAGCUCUAAAAUAAAAUCUUUCAUUCUAUUACAUAUUGAAAAUAGUAGAACAUUUGGAUAGGCUGAUUUAAAAAGCUUUAACUCUUUUAAAAAUUUAAUACUACCGUAUUACUUUCACAUAUUUUUGUAUAAAUUAAUAUAGUGGCAAUAUCUACAAUAAAUUAACAAAUUAUAUAUUUGAAAAAAGAUGAGCUGGUAUCUUUCUUUUAAGUAAAAUCUGUAUUGUUGUGACGAAUUCAUAAUCAGUUACUUAUUUUGUUGGCUAUUACGUCACUUAUAGUAAAAAUCAAUUUAGAAAAUACAAUCUCAUACGCUCGAGAAAAUACAGUUAUUGGUGUAUUUAAAAGAAAUAUUAACUUAAAUCUUUAGUGAAACCUUUUAUAAGUGACGUAAUACCCAACAAAAUAAGUAACUCAUUACCUUUCUUAGCUUUUAAAUAAUGUGUCAUUUAUUUAAAAUUUUACAUAUUUUCCUUUUAUUAGAUGUACGCAUCUUUCUUUUAAUUCUGAAAAUAUAAAAAUGAUGAUUUCGAGAAAAAAUAUACACCUCCAAAUUUUUUAUUGUUAGUUUACUAUUAGUUUCAUUCGUGAAUUAAGAAAUUGUUCUUUUUCGGCCCAUAUUGAUAACUACAAAUAAUCACAACACAAACCAUAAAAUACUGCCAACAACGAAGAAUAUUUAAUAUAACGUAUGUGUAUAUAAGUUCGUAUAAUAAUCACAACUGUAUACUGUAUACUCUUGAAUGGAUUGGUUCCCUCUAACGAUAACAUCAGGGACUAAAGAAUUGGUGUUGGGAAGCAUUAGCCAUUAGCGGCUAACUAUACAGGGUGUCCCGAAAUUACACCGCAAUAUUUUACCAGCCGCAUCUUUGUUCAAAAAUAAGACAAAAACUGUAUAUACAGGAAUCUUAAAAAGUGAAUCGUUUUCAUGUUACAGGGUGUUUUAUAAUUCCUAUUGAAGAUGACUUUUUGUUAAUAUUUUCGAAACGCCUGGUCGAUAUUUUUCGACAUUUUUAUCGUACACUUCUGUUUUUGUUAGUAUCUGAUUUUAUGCUAAAAUGAAUACAGAGUCGUUUAAAAUUAGUAGUCAGCAAAGAUAAAAAUGUCAUAACUUUUUUCUGGUUACUUUUUAAUUAUUUGGAUAGUAAAAUUAAAAAGAACCAACAUUUUCACAUAAAAAAGGGACAGGAUUAUAAACAAACAAAGCAGUUUUGAUCUUAAAAUUAAGUAUUUCAAAUUUUCUUAUAUCAUGUUUAUACCUGAUAAUUUGUCACAUACCUUUCAAUUUUAUUAAACAUGGUCAAAAAUACUUUGGGUGUAGGCUGCAAAACAUAGUAUGUCUGAAUAUUUCAAAAACGUGCGCUCCUAUCGAAAUAAGACAAGAGCACCUUUUUUAUGUAAAAAUGUUGGUUCUUUUUAAUUUUACUAUCCAAAUAAUUAAAAGGUAACCAGAAAAAAAGUGAUGACAUUUUUUUCUUUGCUGACCACUAAAUUGUAAUUGAUCCUGUAUACAUUUUAGCAUAAAGUGUUAUAAAAUCAGUUAGUAACAAUAACAGUAGUAUACGAGAAAAAAAUCGAAAAAUAACGACCAGGCGUUUGGAAAAUAUUAGCAAAAAAACAUCUUCAAUAUGAAUUAUAAAACACCCUGUAACAUGAAAACGAUUCAUUUUUUAAGAUUCCUGUAUAUGAAGUGUUUGACUUAUUUUUAGACAAAGAUGCAGCUGGUAAAAUAUUGUGAUGUAAUUUCGGGAUACCCGGUAUAUGCAUAUUCUUUUCUAUUUGUAUUUUUUUAGGUUAAUCAUUACGAUAUUAAACAUCGUUUGCAUUUCAAAUCUUAUAAUUUUUUCUGUAAGAAAAUUAUUUUAAGUCCUAUAUCUAUAAAUGUUUAUUUUUGUAUUAUAUUAUUUCAAAAUAAAACUUAGUCAAGUACUGCAGGUGGUGUAUAUUCGCUUUUACUUAUGUCUGUUCGUCUCUCGCGUAUAAAGUCUGACCGGCGCGGCGGCGGCUUCUUCGCUAAACUUUUUCGACUCAAUGCACGUAAAUAGCAGAUUGCGGACGUGCAAGAAAACUAUGGUGCAUUUUGAUUGAAGAGAUGAUGCGACAGAUAUUUUUCUAGCGCAUAUAUACCCUUAAUGAGAAUAUAGUAGGUGAAAUAAAAGUUAAAUUGAAACAACCAUCCGCAUUCAUUUGCCAACAAUUUAAUCUCGUUCCAACCCGAAAAAAAUGUCGAGUGUUUUACUUAAAUCGUUCAGCAAUUCAAGCUAUUUAUUUAUACAGAACUAAAAGUCCAUUUUCUUUCAGUUUUAGUAGUACUUAAGUCCAAUUUAUUAUGAGCCUGAAUGUUUUUUUUUUAUUUCUUUUAGCCCGUAAUUUGUUCCUAAUACUCUAGGCUAAGCUUUCUCAAAUGUACAUACCGCGGUUUAGCUAUUAAGAUUAAUCGGAUAAGUAGGUUUUAUAAGUGUAUAGUAAACUUAUGUAGUUGUAUAACUGCUUCGAAGCGUGUUUAUUUUUAGUUUUUACAAAGAGUUGUUUUUAGUUUUUUAACUAAUAAAGUAUAACAAUCCA